GGGAGCGCGGGGCUCAGUCGGGGGGCGGCGGCGGCGGCGGCGGCGGCUCCGGGGAUGGCGGCGGCUCCGCUGCUCCUGCUGCUGCUGCUUGUGCCGGUGCCGCUGCUGCCGCUGCUGGCCCAGGGGCCCGGGGGGGCGCUGGGAAACCGGCAUGCGGUGUACUGGAACAGCUCCAACCAGCACCUGCGGCGAGAGGGCUACACGGUGCAGGUGAACGUGAACGACUACCUGGACAUUUACUGCCCGCACUACAACAGCUCGGGGCCGGGCGGCGGGGCGGAGCAGUACGUGCUGUACAUGGUGAGCCGCGCCGGCUACCGCGCCUGCAACGCCAGCCAGGGCUUCAAGCGCUGGGAGUGCAACCGGCCGCACGCGCCCCACAGCCCCAUCAAGUUCUCGGAGAAGUUCCAGCGCUACAGCGCCUUCUCGCUGGGCUACGAGUUCCACGCCGGUCACGAGUACUACUACAUCUCCACGCCCACCCACAACCUGCACUGGAAGUGUCUGAGGAUGAAAGUGUUCGUCUGCUGCGCCUCCAAAGACUUUGAGGGAGAGAACCCCCAGGUGCCCAAGCUUGAGAAGAGCAUCAGCGGGACCAGCCCCAAGCGGGAGCACCUGCCCCUGGCGGUGGGCAUCGCCUUCUUCCUGAUGACACUCUUGGCCUCCUAGUCCUGCCCCUCCCUUGACGGGGGGAGAGAUCGGGCGGGGCGGGGCCAGAAUAGGGAGCCUUUGCUCCCUCCAAGGGAAGCCCAGACUGGCGGCCUAGACCCCCCUGCAAUGGCUGGAAGUGGGGUCUGCACCAUACAUCUGUGCCCACCCCUUCUGCCCCCUCCACCCAUGCAGAGCACUGUAGUGGACCAGGCACAGGGACGGCCACGGGUCCCAGUGGCCUUGUGGCUCUGGUAAUGUUUGGUACCAAACUGGGGGGCCGUAAAGGGCAGUGCUCAGGACUCCCUGCCCCCUGGUACCUUUCUCUGACCCCUGGUGCCCUCCCCCUUUGUCCCCCUAGAGAGAUAAAUAUGCCCCAGAGAGGCCAAAUCAAAGUGUGGGAGACACCUCCAUCCCUCUCUUCCAGGGGCAGAACAUGGGGAGGGGACUAGAGGGGUGAGGAGGUGGCAUCGCCCGCCCACUGCCGCCUUCCCCUGUUUACAGCAAUAAGCACGUCCUCCUCCCCCAACUCCUGCUCCCAGGAUUGUGGUUUGGAUUGAAUCCAAGUUUACAAGUAGACACCCCCUGGGGGUGGUGGGCAGUAGACAUGGGUGACAAGGGGUGGGCAUUGGGGUGCCAGGCAGGCAUGUACAGACUCUAUAUCUCUAUAUAUAAUGUACAGACAGACAGAGUCCCUCCCCCUCCUUAACCCCCUGACCUCCCCUGACUUCCCCUUCCAGCUUCAGACCCCUUCCCCACCAGGCUAGGCCCCCCCCACUGGGGGACCCCCUGGCCCCUCUUUUGUCUUCUGUGAAGACAAGACCUAUGCAACGCACAGACACUUUUGGAGACCGUGAGACAACAACGUCCCCUUCCCUCCAGCCCUGAGCCAGGACCCAGCUCCCAGGACCUGCUCUGCCCACCCUCUGUGGUCCCCACCCAUCCUCCUGGGCCUUUUUCAAGUGCUUUGGCUGUGACUUUCAUACUCUGCUCUUAGUCUAAAAAAAUAAACUGGAGAUAAAAAUAACUGAGUGUGUGUGAUUUCCAGGGGCCGUGAGCCUUGUGUACACUGAUUAGACGCCCCCCCACCCCCCACCCCCAGGCCACAGGGUCUGCGUGGGGGAGGAGAUUCUAGAGCCAAAGGGACAAACACCUUGUUCUAAGGAGGCAGCUCUGUGGAGGAAGCAACGCCUCCCCAGCGGGGACUGAUGGCUUCGGGCAGCUCAUUCAACCUCUCUGAGCCUUGAGUAUCUCCUCAGAAAACCUGGGUUAUAAUACAUUUCUCUCAUAAGGAUUAAAUGACGGAGUGUGCGGCUCAAUUACGCCUUUCUCCUUUCCCUCCCACUCCAGGUUGUAAACCUAGAUAGGAAAAAACUCUAUCUUUAUUUUCACUUGCCUGUAACUGAGAUUUAACAUUCUCUUAUGUACUUGGGCAACAAGCCACAACAGUUAACUGCGCCUGUGACUUCAAAACCAACAGAAAUCGCAGGUGUUUUCAGACUGCAUUAUAGUUUCGGAAGCUCUCU